UUUAUUUGCAUUGGUAAGCAGAUUCUCCAAUCAAUCAAUUAAUCACGCACAUACACCCUCACUGCGUGAAGAUAUCCACUCGUAUAAGUAGUCAGCAAGAGGGUUUCGCAGAGGGGAGGAGUCCGUCUGCGUUAGUGAAGAUACACCAAUACGACGGCGUUUCAGUCGAGAUGGAAUUGAACAACGGCGCGGCGGCGGAGCUACCGGAAUCCAUGUCCUCUGUUCUUCCCGGAUGGUUUUCGGAAAUCAGCCCAAUGUGGCCUGGAGAAGCACACUCGUUGAAAGUAGAGAAAAUAUUAUUUCAGGGAAAAUCCGAUUACCAGAAUGUCAUAGUUUUUCAGUCAUCUACUUACGGGAAGGUUCUUGUCUUGGAUGGUGUAAUUCAACUCACAGAGAGGGAUGAAUGUGCUUAUCAAGAAAUGAUCACUCACCUCCCACUCUGCUCGAUUCCUAACCCAAAAAAGGUUUUGGUAAUUGGAGGUGGAGACGGUGGUGUGUUGCGUGAAGUUUCACGUCACGCCUCUGUUGAGAAGAUAGACAUCUGUGAGAUCGAUAAGAUGGUUGUUGACGUUUCUAAGGAAUUCUUCCCAAAGGUAGCUGUUGGGUAUGAAGACCCUCGAGUGACACUACACAUUGGAGAUGGAGUUGCGUUUCUCAAGGCUGUGCCCGAGGGAACUUACGAUGCAGUUAUCGUAGAUUCUUCUGACCCAAUAGGUCCAGCACAAGAGCUGUUUGAAAAACCCUUCUUUCAGUCGGUAGCCAAAGCUCUCCGCCCGGGUGGAGUUAUCUGCACUCAAGCCGAAAGCAUUUGGCUUCACAUGCACAUAAUCGAAGACAUAGUCUCGAACUGCCGCCAGAUCUUCAAAGGCUCCGUUAAUUACGCUUGGACCACUGUUCCCACGUACCCUAGCGGUGUUAUUGGAUUCAUGCUUUGUUCGACCGAGGGCCCCGCGGUUGACUUCAAGAACCCGAUUAACAGAAUAGAUGACGAUGAAAGUCACGUCAAAACAAACGGACCGUUGAAAUUCUACAACUCCGAGAUUCAUUCAGCAGCUUUCUGUUUGCCUUCAUUUGCCAGAAGAGGUGAUUGAGUCUAAAGCUAAUUGAAGUGAUUCUGGUGCUUAUGUGGAAUUUAAGCUUUGUUUGUUUUAGUUACUUAAUUUAAGUACCAAUUUUCCAUGCAUUGAGUACAAGCCUCUAUUUUUUGUUAGAAUUGGAAGAUUUUUUAUUUUAAUUUUUUAUUUGGUGGUUCACAAGACUAGAGAUGAACCCUUAUUUUUGUCUUGAGAUGAAAUUUGUCUGAACUUCAAAUGUUUUUUUGUGAUAUGAUUUUGGUUCCUUUCCUUUGUCUAGAGAUAAAUGCAAUCUUGUAUUUG